AUGACCAAGAGACCGUUGGGGUUAGGAAAAAAGAACAAGCAAAAGAGGCACAAACCGGACGAGGGAGCGGAUGGGAAAAAGGAAAGUACACCUCUGGACCAGAUCCACGUGGAGGUAGAGGGCGGCGGAGACCCGGAGGACAGCGUUGUGCAGCUAAAGGCACUGUGGAGAAACUACCUACAGAGUGAGCGCGAAGAUGAGCGGGUGUUGAAUGGAAUCGUGCACGAGUGCGACCGUCUGCUCCGCAACCGGGAACAAGAGGGCAUCGAGCUAGGAGAAGACUUCCACAGCAUAUAUGCGCUUGCGCUUUCGGAGCUGGCAAUCUUCAGGACGGAAGAAAAAGGCCAGGCGGGCCGCGAGUCUGUCGGAGAGUUUUUUGACGCUGCUGCGGAGCGUGUGGACAUGGGCCUGCAGCAUUUUCCCGCGUCAGACGUGCUGGCACUGGCCAAGGCCAAAAUUAUAUUUCAACGCAUCCCGUUGCAGUAUGUUUCGCAGCUGUCGCCGAACAACUCUGAAGGCGCUGAUGUCGGCCUGCAGCAGCUGCUCGAGGAGGGCAAGUCCAGCUUCCGGGUUGUUGCUCAAGACCCGCUUGCAGUCAGCGAGCCGCUGGAAAUAUUCAGUGAUCUGCUUGAGAUCAUCGCCAACUUCGGUCGCGAGGACGAGAUCGACGAGGGGCUUGACAGUGAUGCGGAGGAUGAGCCGGAGGAGGUUGAGCUUCCAGAAUCUCACCCCCUCUACGAGCUGAGACAGCACUUGCCAGAGCAUGCUGAAUGGCUCCAGCAACAGCUUCUCGCGCUUUUCAAGGUGCUGGAGAAACCAAAUGCCGAGGAAGAAGAAAGCGAGGCGACCAAGUUCUAUCGCAAGAUUGCUAACAAGUUGGGCCAGAGCUAUCUAGAUGCUGCCGCGGAACCAUCCAUUGUUUUCACAACGCUCACGUAUGAGACGGAGGAUCCUUCAGCAGAGGACGAGCAAAAGGCGCAGGAGGCGCAGCGUGUAGCCCAGGGUUUGACUGAGCGCGCAAUUGAGUUCUUUAAGGAGGCAGAAUCAGCGGACGAUCCGCAAACCUGGGUAGACACUGCAGAGGUCUUUAUUAGCUUAGGUAACCUGCAAGAGAAUGAGUCGGAAACACAAGAGAUGCUUUACAAGCAAGCAGAGGAGAAAAUGGUCAGAGCUAAUAAAGCAACAAAUGGUAAGUACAAGCAUAUCUUGGAUACACUUCUCGAUUCGAAAACUUGA